AUGAAGGAGUCCAAACUUACAGGGCGCAAGGAUGAGAGGGCGACGGAUGCGGCGCUCACUGCAGUGACCGGCCAAGGCGGAGCGGGAUCGAAGGCUAAGCGCGGGCGGAUGGAGGACUUGUAUGGCGAGGGGGGAACUCGGCGGAGACAAAGAGGGGCGUUUAUCGUUAACAUCCUGCAGCCGAUCAUCGAAAAGGUUGGACCGGAGCACGUCGUCGCGAUUUGCACGGUCGGCGGCAGCAACUACGUGUCCGCCGGCAAGAUGCUGCAGAAGAAGUACCCGCACAUCGAGAUCGUCCUCUGCCCCACCCAUGUGCUCGACUUGCUGAUGGAGGAAUUCGGCAAGAUGAAUUGGGCGCAGGAGGUCGUCACAGUUGCGAACGACAUGAUCUCGUUCCUACGCAUCCACCAGUGGGCGCGUGCCUUCCUGUGGAGUCUCGAGCUGCACGGCGAGGAGAAGUCGCUGCAGCCGCUGCGACCGGCAGGCAUGCGCUUUGGGACGCAUGACAUCGGAGCGUCAUGUCUGCGCCAGAUUCGCCCGCAGCUGAUGCAGAUGGUGAUGCACAAGGACUGGGAGAAGGGGAGGAAGCAACAAACUGGAAAGAACUUCGAGGCGUCGGUAUUGGAUGCGGAGUGGUGGAAGAAGGCGGUUACAUUUGUGAAGCCCGCCGACCGCGCGCCCUGCCCUGCUCGCACGCAGCCCGCCGUCGCGCGCCCUGCCUUGCCCGUGCGCAGCCCGCCAGCCGCGGCCGCCUGCAACCCCGAGCGCCGCCUGCCACAGCUGCGGCCGCCCGCUACGACUAACGCGCCGCCCACCCUGCUGCCCCGCCGGCCUCCUGCUGCCCCGCGCGCCGCCUGCCACAUCCGCGGCAGAGCGCUACGCCCAGCGCGCCGCCCGCCCUGCUGCCCCGCCGGCCGCCUGUUGCCCCGCGCGCCGCCUGCCACUGCUUCGGCCGCCCGCUAG